AUGGGGCUGGAUGCGGGCUGGGCCGCGCUGGUGCUGCUCUUUGCCGCCUCGCUGCUCACCGUGGCGGCCUGGCUGCUGCAGUACUGGCGCGCGGCGGCCCCGCGGGCGGCGGCGGCGGUGGAGGAGGAGGCCGGGGCGCGGGCGCUGCUCGCCGCGCUGCUCGCCCUCCGGGCGCUGCGGGAGCAGUGGCGGCGGGCCUGGGUGCGCGCCCUCAACGGCCAGGCCCGCCGGCACGGGAGUUCGGUGCAGAUCACAUUUGAAGAGGGUCCUCAGUUACUACCAGCGGCAAAUAUAAGUCAUGUGACAUGCGAGGGCCAGUCAGACCACAACAUGGUGCUACACUGCAGUCUGUCAGCUGAAGCUGUGAAAUUCCCUGUCUCUGUUACUCAGCAGUCACCAGCUGCUGUUUCUGUGGAUACGUAUCAUGUCACCCUGGCUCUGCUGCAGGCUCAGGUGGAGGUCCACGUGCAGGAGAUACAGAAUGAGGGUCUCCUGGUGUCAUGGACAUUCAAGGACAGACCGGACCUGAAUCUCUCGGUUCUUCCGAGAUUUCAGCCUCAUGAGAAUGAAGGGAGAGUGGAUCUGUCCACCAUAAAGGAUCUGAUUGAGGAUACCAUUGUCAGCACACAGCCAGCCAUGAUGGUGAAUCUGAAGGCCUGCACUGCAGGGACCAUUGCGGUAUCUGGCGAUAAGGUGACUCAAGAGCCCCUGUGCAGUGUGGCAGCCCCUCUGGGGUCUCAGCUAUUGCUCCGGAAUCUGCAAGUGCUGAACUUGGGCUGCAUGGGGAAGGGAGGAGUUGGGGAAAUACACUGUGUAGUGGAGCUAGACAGCCCUCUGCAGCAGAAAUGCACAAAGCCGGUGAAAGCUGGUGUUGCUGGUGCUGCUGUAGCAGAGAUGGAAUGGAAUGAGGAGCUCUUUCUGGAGUUGGGGCCUAAAAGUAAAGAACUGAAGCUACGAGUGCUGGGGAACAAUGACAGAGGGGAGAAUGUGCUGCUGGCACAUGCUGCGCUUUUGCUCGACUCUUUGGGCAAACAGCCAUCUGGGAGACAGGUCUGCUUGCUGGCCCCAGGAGCUGGACAGUCCUUGGCAGCUGAAGCUACUAUUAUGUUGGAGCUGCUGUACCAGGAGUGUCCUGCACCUCUGAACGCUCAGCAUGCCACAUCUCUGCGAACGAGCAUCACCCCCACCAAGAAGGUUGAGAUGGACCGGACCAUCAUGCCCGACGGCACCAUCGUGACUACUGUCACCACAAUUCAGUCCCGGCCCAAGCCAGACUGCAAGCUGGAUUCACCAUCAAGGUCACCAUCCAAGGUGGAAGUGACUGAGAAGAAGACAACAGUGCUUUUGGAGAGCUGCUGUCCUCGCAGCACCUUGUCCAGUGGUAGCUGGGACAGCCAUAUGCCCAAUGGCUUGGAUCCGGUGGUUGAGACAGCGAUCCGGCAGCUAUCAGAGACAAAUAACAAGCCUGCCAAGAAGACCCCAACAAAACGUAGCACACUAAUCAUCUCAGGAGUUUCCAAGGUACCUGUUGCCCAAGAUGAAAUGGCACUUUCUCUGGGUUAUGCUGCAUCCAUGGAGGCAGCGGCAUAUGGGAGUCCUGUAGUGGCAGAUGCAGCUGACCGCACGCACGAUUCUACCGAAUCGUCGCAGCUAUUGGAAGCGUCGCUGUCAGGACAAAGGGCCAGUCAGGAGCUGGAUGAGACGACACGAUCGGACAUCUCUGAGAGACCGUCGGUGGAAGACAUUGAGUCUGAAACUGGCUCCACGGGAGCCCUUGAGACCAGGAGCUUGAAAGAUCACAAAGUUAGCUUUCUUCGGAGCGGUACCAAGCUCAUAUUCCGGAGAAGGAGCAAGCAGAGGGACGCGGGCCUAAGCCAAUCGCAUGAUGAUCUGUCGAAUGUCAGCACCAGCUCUGCCACCAGGAAGAAAGCUGGCAGCUUCUCCCGCCGCCUCAUCAAGCGCUUCUCCUUCAAGUCCAAAUCCAAACCUAAAGUCAGUGACAGCACAACAACAGGAGUACAUGGCUGGUUUUGUUUGCCCCAGCCACCUGAGCCUGUGUGAAUCUCUCGGGUUACUGAGCCCAAGAAUGGUAACAAGUCUGCAGUGUGGGGAGGUGUGAUUAUUGGCAUGCCAAAUCGUUCUCCUAACCUGAUCUUUUUUCGCAAGGAAAAGGAAGGUCAUGUAAGUCAUUGCCCUCUGAAAACUGCCGUUUCCUCCCUAAAACUGGUGCGUAAAGAAGUCUCUCGUCUGUUUAAUCUCUGUGAUUUUUGCUUUAGGACAGAAGAAAUUCUGUUUGAAAGUUUGAAAUCUGCUGUUCCCUAUUUAACUUUUGUGUAUUUGCGCCCUCAUCUCGGUGCCAUUGCAGGGUCUGUGGCAUUUUGUAACAACAGAGCAUGAAGCAACUCCAGCGUGCAGAGCAGCCUGCCAACUGACUUUUAGACUGAAAUGAACUGCAGGUGCUAUGUUGCUGCCUCAGGGUAGGCCCAAUCCUUGCAUGUCGUGAGAUCAGUCCUUGAUCAAAUAUGUAGAGGAAGAGGAGUGGCAGGGAGGUGGACUUGAACAUAGAGGGGUUUCUGAAACAGUUCAACCUACUUAUGAGGGCCUGUGUUUCAAAUGCUGCACUUCACUGCUGGCUACGCAAGUUGGCUGUUAAAUGAAGCCAAAGUAAAUGUUUUGGUUUUUUUUUUUUAUUAUUUAUUUAUUUUUUUUAUUUUUUUCCUGUUUUGGCUGAACAGAGUUACUAGACUUUACGUGUACUGUGUACUUUUACUUCUCUGAAGUAAACAGAUUUCUCUAGCUGCAUGCUUGUAAUAAUAUUUCUGUCUGGACACACAUUCUUCUUGUGUUUUUGUGAGGCUUUUAGUCUCCCUGGCAAAAAAGCCCUUGGCAUCUGCCUGCAAGGGUUAUCCUCCUAAGGCAAGAGAAAUAAUGCAUGUGAAUGAAGGGAACUGCAAAGACCUCAGUGUUUUAGGGGAACCAUAGGCUUUAGUGUGAUGGAUCUUUGACUGAGGCCUGAUAGUUGGAGGAGAAGUUCAAAGGCUGCUUAUUUGGGGGCAGAGGGGUGGGGUUGGGGACAGUGUGCACAUGGGUUGGCAUUUGCACGCACUUGUAAUAGAGCCUCUGCUUUGUGAAGACCUGUCCUGGUCACAGUGGGAAGUGACUGAAAAGGAGAGUGACCUUAAUAGCUUCUGUGAUGUCCAUAAAAUAAAUUCAAAUAGACCUUACCAGAGGUGAGCUUGAAAAAGAAAAUCCAGCUUUGGCAUCUGCUAGACCCCUCACACUGCUUAUGUAGUUGAGGAUGGGUUUUUAAACAGAUUGGCUGAAGUACAGGAGAGGGAGGGGAAACUAGUUGUGUCGGGUGGAGAGCGAGUCCAGAAAACAUAGUUCAGCAGGGAGAAGUAUUGUGAAAAGUUCAGAUUGAUUUAAGGGAGCAGUGGGCAUGCCCUGCUUCUAGACUAGACGUGUGUGUGCAUAUGGCCAUAUUUUUGUUCUGCUUUCUGUCUUUAGUGACAUUGCUUCCUGUGACAACUGCUCUCAGUUCAUGACAACUACUCUCAGCUCAUUGUUUGCUGAGCCUACAUUUCUGUAGGCUGUUUAGAUCAUUUUUGGGCAGCUGUCAAAAUACUUGAAUGUUGGGUGGGUAGCGUUUGUGUGCUUUGGAGUCUUUUGCCCUGUUCUCCCCUUCCUCCCCCCUAGUUCACAAUGAGUAUAAUAAUCUCAGUGGUGGACCAACUUCUGGAAAAGGCCUUUGUAUAUUUGUGAUAUCACAGCUCCUUUUACAGGCAUGACUGCUCAACAACACCUCUCAUCAUUUGUACAGGUGCUGGACCAGUACCCAUGCUGAGCCUGAGUUAGUGCCCCACAUGUGUGUGCUCUUUUGUACUUGGAUGCCUUCUCUCUGGGUGGAUUAUUCUAACCCCAGAUUGUUUAGAGGAAAAAAUAGGAACUGUUUAGCUAUUUAAGAGAUGAUAAUAAAAAAAAACUUCAUUACAGACUAAAUGAAUGAAAUUCAGCACCUUUGUAAAUGUUUAAGAAGAAUUCCAUUGCUGUGUAAUGGCUGAACCUGUUAACUUAUUAAACUAUAUGGAAGUUGCAAACCUGA